AGCUGUGCGGAGCGGCCUUGAAGGCAGCUGCUGUGAACGCGGAGGGAGUGGGCGGUAACCGACGUGUUAAACAAUGAGGCAGCUUUUAUAACACAGAGGUCAGUAAACACAGACUCCUGCAGCAGCGAGCAGCAGACAUGUGGCUCCAAAAGCUCCUCGUCUAUGUCUCCACAGCGGGCAUGUUGUGCUUCAUGGUGGGACUCAGCGCCAUCCUCAGGGUGAUGCACUUUAUCUCCCCGAGCCUCUCCAAGAAGCAGAUCCUCCGGAUGGGCGAGAAGACCACCAUGACCCAGAACCAGAAGUUCAGGUACGAGGACUGGGGUCUGACUUUUCUCAGCUUCGACUUCAUCAAAACCGCGUCCCAGCACAUGUGGCUGUCCCUGGGCCAGGAGGCGUUUGUCGGGGUUGAAGCUCCGGACUCACCUGUGGUCACCAUGGAGGGAAAGAAGAGCAGCGUGUGCAAGUUCAUCAGAGGCAGCAGACCUCUGGUGCUGAGCUUCGGAAGCUGCACCUGACCCCCGUUCAUCUACAAACUUGACGAGUUCAAGCAGCUCGUCAGGGACUUCAGCGAUGUGGCUGACUUCAUGGUGGUCUACAUCGCAGAGGCUCAUUCAACAGAUGGUUGGGCCUUCACCAACAACUUCGACAUCAACCAGCACCGGAGCCUGGAGGAAAGGCUGUCCGCAGCACAGAUCCUGGUCCAGCAGGAGCCCCUGUGUCCUGUGGUGGUGGACGAAAUGAAUGAUGUCUCUGCCAUAAAGUAUGGCGCCCUGCCUGAGAGGCUUUAUGUGCUUCAGGCUGGGAAAGUCAUCUACAAGGGUGGGAUGGGACCAUGGGGCUACAAUCCAUUAGAGGUGCGUUCGUUACUGGAGAAGAUGAAUUAAGAAGAUAGUUAAUGGAGUCAGUCAAGUCAUUAAUCAAUCAAUACGCUUACAGAAAUGUUGUAACCCCUUCAAAUUUACAUGAAUAUUGUCUCCUGUGCUCUUCAGACCUCUGAGCCUGAACUCACCUCUGUGUUUCUGAGUGACGGUUACAGAUGAAACCAUUUGGUCUCUGUAACCAGAUGAAGUGAAACACAGACACGGUCCACUCAGAGUUUGUAUUUGAUGUCUCACCUAACGUACAGGAGCUUUUGUGUGUGCACAUAUACUUGUUUGUAUGUGAGAUGUCUUAAUUCUAAAGUUUAAAAACAUUUUUGGGGCACGGUCACACUGAAGCGAAUGUGAAGUGAAAAUCGUGGGUUAAAAUCUCCACAUGAGGCUACGCUGAGAUUUGCGUCGUCACAGGAAGCGAAUGUUUUAUCUGCAUCCUCACUCGCACAGAUUGGAAUUGAACUGGGAGGCAAAGGUUCACUGCUGGUACAUUUGUGCACGUGUGACCAGGCCCUAAGUCUGUGGUAAUCCAGUUCUCUUACACUAAGGUUUACCUCCGUCUAUAACUGCUCCUAUGUAAUUCAACACGAGACUGCUUUAACAUGACGAUUACAGUGCAAACCUCUGGUAACUGUAAUUUGAUGAAGAUGAUUGAAAAGUAGGUUUUCACUGAAUGAUGUAGGGGCAUUUAUGAUGGGACAUGUUUAAUGUAUGAAAAUAUCUCUAACAACUUUUUCUCUGAAUAAAUUUGCUUUCUCAUUACAGA